UUCGGAGGAGGCGGGUCAACCGUGUUUCAUACGAGGAAAUAGGUGCGAGACACAACAACAGCGGCGUCCAAGUCUGCAGUUCCCGCUGCUUAAAAAAACAAAAAAGAAGGCAAAAAUGAGUAAAACAGUGUUGCUCGUCGUGUCUUUGAGUUUAAUGAGUCCCGCUUCUGAAGCGCUGGACAACGGGCUGGCUCUGAAACCCACCAUGGGCUGGUUGCACUGGGAGAGGUUCAUGUGUAACACCGACUGUGACACAGACCCCGACAACUGCAUCAGCGAGCGUCUGUACAUGCAGAUGGCCGACGUGAUGGUGAAGGAGGGCUGGAAAGAGGCCGGUUACGAGUACGUUUGCAUCGACGACUGUUGGCCAUCGCUCCAGCGCGACGCCCGAGGCCGCCUGCAGGCAGACCCCAAAAGAUUCCCAGGAGGCAUCAAGAAAUUGGCCGAUUAUGUCCAUUCUAAAGGCCUGAAGCUGGGAAUUUAUGCAGAUGUUGGAGAGAAAACCUGUGCUGGAUACCCCGGCAGUCUAGGUUAUUAUGAGACUGAUGCUCAGACGUUUGCAGACUGGGAUGUGGACCUGCUUAAAUUCGAUGGCUGUAACCUGAAGUGGACUUUGCUCGGAGAAGGCUACAUAAACAUGUCAAAAGCCUUGAACAGAACUGGAAAAAGCAUCCUGUACUCCUGUGAGUGGCCUUUGUACGAGUGGCCUUUCCAGAAGCCAAACUACACCGCUAUCCGUGAGACGUGCAACCACUGGCGUAACUUUGAUGACGUGUUUGACUCGUGGAGUUCGGUCAAGUCCAUCCUGGACUGGACCGCUUCUCAUCAGGACACCGUUGUCCCCUCAGCUGGGCCCGGGGGCUGGAAUGACCCCGAUAUGCUCGUAAUUGGGAACUUUGGCCUGAGUCAUGACCAGCAGGAGUCUCAGAUGGCUUUAUGGGCCAUCAUGGCCGCUCCUCUGCUCAUGUCCAAUGAUCUGCGGGACAUUUGUCCCCGUUCGAAGCAGCUGCUGCAGAACAAGCGAAUCAUAGAGAUCAGCCAGGACCCACUGGGCAGGCAGGGAUACCGCACUGCCAAGGGGAAUAGUUUUGAAGUGUGGGAGAGACCUCUGUCUAAAAAUCGCCUGGCCGUCGCCGUGCUCAACAAGCAGGAGAUCGGAGGUCCGCGGGGCUUUGCCAUCAGCAGCGUCCCUGGCUGGAAGUACUGCGACCCCCAGUGCAACGUCACCCUGAUCCUGCCCCAGUACAAGGAGAUGGGCGUCCAGGCUAAGGAGAGCAAACUGAUCUUAUACGUAAACCCUUCAGGAACCGCUCUGCUGACAGUGACUCCCAUCAGCAAACACAGGCCUCACUGGAGGAAGACGUCUGCUAAACAUGAUCAAAUCAUCCUCUAACUCAUUUCUGUAGCAAAAAUGUUUUGAUACCUUCCAGCGUUUCAACUGCAAGGCGUUAAGCUUGAGCGUAUGGAUACAGUAGUUAGAUCUCAUCGGUAUGAAGUCAGCUUCAUUUCUGGACUGGUCUGGUAAAGGGCCAUUUCACAACUUAUUUGGCAUCCAGACCGAUUCAUUUUAGCCCCGGUUCAGAACUGCAACCGUCACUUUGACAGGUUAUUUGAAGCACAGAUUAUAUUUGAUGGUUUUAAAGUGUUUUAGACCCAAAAAGCUUUGAAAUGGACCUUUUACUUUUUAAAAUCAGGGUACAUCUGACUGUAGAUUUUCAACCAGCGGCUUACAAAAGCAGAUACAUUUUAAACUCAGGGGAUAUGUCUAAGAAUGUAGAUUUUAAUUAAAAGUGGAUUUUUUUUUAAUACAAAUUCUGAUUACUUUUUAAAAAUGUAAUUAAUCUUGAUACUCAGAAAUUGUCCAUACAUUUUUUUUCUGAACAGAUUGUAAAAUUGUCAUGAAAUGUUGACACAUUUUCACACACUGCCAAGACAAAGCUUCAAUUCUUCACGUACAAGCAGGCAACAAAAUAAAUAAAUAAAAAAAAGCAACCAAAAGUAUGUUUCAACACAUUUAUUGAAAAUAGUGACAACAGGCUCCAUGAGAAUGGACCACAGCUUAGAACUGGAUGACCUGGCCCUGUAA